AAAAUGCCCAGCCAAUCUUUUAAUAGUGGGUCCUACCAGUUGCGGCAAAACGACCUUUCUAAAACGCCUGCUGCUAGAAAACCCGGAAGUAUUUUCCGUACCCCUGAAACGCAUUCGGUAUUGCUACGGGUCGUGGCAGCCGAAUUUCGACGACAUGAAAAAGCAUGGCAUAGAAUUUGAGGAGGGAGUGCCUGACGACGAAAAGAUUAAAGAAUGGUUUGGCGAUACGAAAGGAGGCAUGUUAGUCUUGGAUGAUUUGAUGGCCGAAGGCGGAAACGAUAAAGACAUUCUGAAUUUGUUUACCCGAUAUUCCCAUCAUUUAAAUGUCAUCGUAUGUUACCUCUGUCAAGAUAUGUUUCCCGCAGGGAAAUAUGCCAAAACCAUUUCUAGAAUUGCCCAGUACAUCAUUGCCUUUAAAAACCUGAGGGAUCAAAUUGGAUUAAGGAAUUUACUCUUGCAAAUGUACCCUACCAAAUGGCAAGAAGUCAUGAAAGUAUAUAACGAAUGCACGGAAAGACUGUAUGGUUAUUUGUGUUUUGAUGUACACCCGGCGAGUCGCGAUUCUAUGAGACUGGUGAGUCAUCUCUUAAAACACGAAGGUUGCAUGAGAUGUUACAGAGAUGCCCAAACGUAAAAUUCGUAAAAGAAGGCAACGCAGAGGAGACUUGGUAGGAUCAUUAUCUUUAGGAUACAAUAGUAGUAUCCCUUUGGCGGGUUCUGGAUCAUUUUCCCUGAAUUUACGUCAAAUUAUCAUGAAUGUACGUUAAUUUAGUACUUUCAUGGCCUGUUUUAUGCUCUAUCGUUAAAUUAUCGUGCAUGCACGAUAAUUCAUCACUUUCGAGAGAUUCUUUAAGUAUGUUUGUAGCAUUCACGUCAAAUUAUCGUGCAUGCACUAUAUUUUUGCACUUUUCCCAUCAUCUAUUUGUGGUAUUCACGUUAAAUCAUCGUGCAUGCACAAUAAUUUGACGGCGUGCCAUUUGUCUUUAAGUGUGUUGUGUGACGGC